AUGUUUAGUUCUUUCUUGCGUAUUUAAGAUUUUGCUGAAUAUUUUUAUCAAGAAAAAAUAAUCAUAUUAGGACUGAUGGGCUCAUAUUAUCGUUUUAUCCCCAGGCUUUAUUUUAGAAUUAAUUACGAGCAAUAAAGAUGCAUAGAAAAAAUAGAAAAAGAUAUUAAAAGUAAUUAAUAAAAAAUCAAUUAUUUCUAUAAAUAUAACCGUUUGCAUAUUGAUUAUAUUGUUAAUUGA